ACCCAUAAUAGAAAAAGCUCGCCCCGGAGAGGAAGUUUGCCAGGAUGCUAGAUUACUUGGAUAGGAUAGUUGGGAUCCCCGUCCCCUUCAAUGUCAGCUCCGCCCCAGACGUGCCCGUGGACGAUCCCUCGCAGUUGUUCUGGCACCAGGAAACGCCAUCUAUUGUCACUACACUUUCUGCCACGUCUGAAGGCCUCCGGAUGGCACCAACGUUCAAGUCGCUGACAUACGGGACAGACCCGUCGGAGUUCAAGCCCUUCUCGCCUCCGACAUGCUCCGUGCCUUUCGGCUCGCCUUUCACAGCGGCAAGCAACCUCGAUGAUUGGGAUCCUCCGCCGCAAGACGUGGCAGGCGACUCCGGUUAUGAGUCGGAUGUGCCUGGACAAAGCAGCAGCAACAUCCUUGCCGACUACCAUCCUACGUUCCAUUUUCCUGCCCCUGCUGCCCCUCCCUCGUCCGCCCUCCCGGGAAUGCAUCUCCCUGAAAUGAGCGGAGAGUUACGGCAGGAGUUGUCUAAGAAGGUGUUGGGGAAGAGGCGUGCCCUGGCAGAUGACGAAGAGCCGCCAAGGAAGCGCAAGCGGGAGUCCGACGACGAGGACUAUGAUCCUCAAGACAACUCUAGACGAAAUACUCCCGCCUUCGCUUCGCGCUCUCGCUCUCCGUCUCCAUUCUUACCAGAUUUUGAAAUCCCACGACAGAGCGAGCGCGGUCCCCGCACUUUCAAAUGCCUCGUCAAAACCUGUACAGGCAAACGUACAUUCGCCACUGCAAAGGACCGCAACCGACACAUGGACACGCAUUUCGAUAAGCGGUUUCAGUGCCAGAACCCUCAAUGCCGAGGUUUGUUUCCUCGCGAUGAUGCUCUCAAACGGCACUGCUUGGACUCGCAGACUGGCGACUGCGCUCGGUUCUGGAUCCCUGGAGUGGAUUAUGCGAUAAGUCCUCCAGGUUGGCGCAUCUGUCCACUUGACGAGCUCAAUGUACCGGACAAGCGCGACCCGCUGUACAAGGAACGCUGGGCGGGCAAGACAUGGCCGUCCUCCCUUUGCAAACUUUCCCCUUGUUUGACGUGAUGACACUUACGAACAUGCAACUGAUACCCUGGCCACGGACAACUGACUUGUAUAAUACCCUAACGCGCUCUUCGUAGCACUUAUCACAUUGGUCUGAAACCGCAGUCUAGCAGAAUUAAUAACUGACCUGAA